GAUUGAUCUGUUUGUUGGUGGAACAAUUACUUUAAAGACAACAAUGAGAUUUGCUCUCCUGCUCCUGCUGAAGCACCCACAUGUCACAGCUAAAGUCCAGGAAGAGAUUGACCUUGUGGUUGGCAGACAACGCAGUCCCUGCUUGCAGGUCAGGAAGCAAAUGCCCUACACAGAUGCCGUGAUUCAUGAGAUUCAGAGAUUCAUUGAUAUCACCCCCAACAACCUACCCCAUGAAGUGACCUGCGAUGUCAAAUUCAGGAACUUCCUCAUCCCCAAGGGAACGACCAUUAUAACACCACUAUCAUCAGUGUUGUAUGACAGCAACGAAUUCCCCAAUCCAGAGACGUUUGAUCCUGGUCAUUUUCUGGAUGCAAAAGGAAACUUUAAGAAAAGUGACUACUUUAUGCCUUUCUCAGCAGGAAAACGAGUGUGUAUAGGAGAAGGUCUGGCCCGCAUGGAGCUGUUUCUGUUCCUGACCACCAUUUUACAGAACUUCAAGCUGAAAUCUCUGGUUCCCCCAAAUGAAAUCAAUGAUGCCCCGGUGUACAAUGGAUUUACUGUAUUCCCUCCCUUUUUCCAGCUCUGCUUCAUUCCCGUCUAAUGAAGAUCAGAUGCCUGGUUCCUGCUGUGUUCUUCUCCGAAAUCACCCUCAAACCUUGUAUUUAACACUUUCACAGAAGGCAUACAGUGUCCUUCCACAUUCUCACAGCUUCUGCUCUCUAAUUUUCCAUGGAAAUCAUCAGAUCUCCAUUUUACAGUCUCUGAAGUCAUCGUCAAAGAUAUUUGCCAUUUCGUAUUCUCUGUAGCACUGUGAC